AUGAAUCAUCGCCAGCUGCUUGCUCAACUCGCGUCGUUUCGUAGGCUCAAGAAACUCGUCCUUUUAGACGGGAGUUUGCUUGUCGUUCCGGACGCCUUCCUUGCUGGGCUUGUCGAAUCGCAUCCCGAUUUAGUCUAUCUUCACAUCGGUGCGAUGAAGGAGGCGUUCGAACGCGGCAAUGCUUUCACUACGAAUGGACUUUCACGCCUGUUCGAGGGUUGCACCCGACUAGAGGAUCUGCGUUUCGUUUGUCCGCCGGGUGUCCGUACCAUUCCACCUUCCAUCAGCAGCCAAUUUCGUCUGAGAAGACUUUCCCUCACAGCCCAUAGGAUUCAGCAUCUUCCUGAAGCUUUUACCUCGUUGCAGUUGCUUGAGAUCCUUGAACUAUGCAUGGAAGAGCUCCGCGAUCUGCCACAGAACUUCGGUAGUCUAGUCGCUCUCAAGUCAUUGCACCUGAAACGCGUUCGCUCUCUACGCUCACUCCCAACGUCCGUUCAGCAGCUCGCCAAUCUGCACCAUCUUUCCAUCCAAGGCUGCGGGACAUUUCAAUUACCGGGUGGUCUCUCCAAGCUUCCACGACUGAAGGAGCUCGAGUUAGAAAACUGUGCAGAUCUUUUGCCUCUGCCGGCGCUGGAAAACCUACGCUUUUUGGAUGUAAAGGGAAUCACGGAGCUUCCAGAGACUGUUGGGCUGCUGCAGCAACUGCAAAUUCUUACCAUCAAAAGCUACUCGACUAAUUUCUCGUCGCUGCCCCGGACCUUGCCUGAUGUGUCAUCCCUCACGAGCCUCGACUUGAGGGUGCAUAAUCUUUCAGGCCUGCCAGAUGGCAUUGGCCGAUUAUCAAAGCUUCAAACCGUCAAGCUGGAGAGUUACAGUGCUGUCCCGCUUGUCGCUCCAAGAAUAUCUUCCCUGCCUGAUGACUUCGGGCAGCUGACUGCGUUGAAGAUUCUGCAUUUGUCAUACCUUGGAGAACUCAGUCAUUUACCAGAAUCCCUCGGACAUUUGCUGAAAUUGCGGGAGCUGGAGAUUUCUUACUGUGAUCAGCUGCAGCAGCUACCCAACUCUUUUACCCAGUUAUCUUCUCUUCAUAUUCUAAAAGUUGAGCAUUGCCCAAAGCUAACUGCUAUACCAGAGGGUCUGGGGGAUGGGAUGUGCCAUCUUCGUGAGCUGCGUUUAGUUUGCAACGGUCUAAGCCCUGUCCCUGGAUCCUUCUCUCGCCUGUCGUCACUUGAAGUAUUACACAUCGUAUACAGCGAGUUCUUAGGAGAUUGCUUGUCCGAGAGCUUCAACAGCUUUACACGCCUUAGGCACCUCUCUUUAUCGGACAUCCCGAAUCUAACUUCCCUUCCUACCUCGCUCUCCAGAAUGGCUCUCACCCUUACAAGCCUGAAAGUGGCUGCUUGCGAGGAGCUGAAAGCGUUACCAGAGGAGAUAGGGCAGCUGGUCAUGCUGGAAAAGCUUGAGCUUUCCAGUUUAGAUGGAUGGAAUCUCUACCUCGGUCGUUGUUGA